AAAGCUCACCUUCUCUCUCUGUUACGUUUACUCAACUCAAGUCUUUAGUCUCCUUAACUCUCAAGCCUCUUCCUCUCCGCGUGGAAAAACGUUUCAAGCGGCUCCAACGGUUCAAUUUCCGAUUUGUGCUUUUCUUUCUGAUCUGUUCUAGAGAACUGCUUCUGGUUUCAUCAAUGAGCUUCCUUGGUCUGUGAGCCAUAUCCUAACAACUAAACUAGCUCUCUUACUAUGGAGGAGAGGAAACUGAACUUCAACGUACCUCUUCUUUCAACAAGGCGGAUGCAGAAGACAGCAGCGGUCUCUGUGCGUAGAAACAAGAGUAAUAACUUUCUUGAUUAUGAUUCUAAGACAAGUGAAUGUCCUCCUGUUCCAGAUGAUGAGGUUACUGAACCUGCCUCUGUUCCUUUCACUUGGGAGCAAACUCCUGGGAGAUUAAAGGGCAAUGGUUUCAGACCCCAAGUCUGUGUUUUGACGCAAGAAAAAGAACAAGUCUUUGCACCAUGUCUUCCACCGGGUAAAGCCGUUGAUGGAAACAUGACAAGAUUGCAGAGUUCAAAAGGUAAACAAGUUGAAGAAUCAGAGGAUGAUGAAGAUGAUGUGUUUUCUGAUGCUCUUGAUACACUCUCUCCAAAGGACUCGUUUUCUUUUAACAAUAGUAUUAGUGGUGUGAGUGAAUAUGGUGGUGUUGAGACCAAGAAACCACUGGAUGCUCAAUCUCGGGAUUUCAUGAUGAGUCGUUUUUUACCGGCUGCCAAAGCUAUGACUGUGGAGCAGCCUCACUAUGCUUCGAGUCGAAAACCAUCCACUUUUAUGCCUGAACCAAUGAUACAGAUGAGAGAGUUAGUACCGGGGGAUAAGCAGCAAACUCCUAAUAGGUAUGAUGAGUCUUAUUACUACCAUCAAGACAUUGAUGAUGAAGAAGGCGGGGCGGAUGAUAAAGAUGAUGAUGUUUCUGAGUAUGCCUAUCUUUCAAAGAAAGGUUGUGGGAUGUUGCCACAAUUGUGCUUUAAAGACUCUCUUGGCAUGCUUAAUACUGUGUCUGGUUUUAAAGCCAAACACAACUCUCCAAUAACAUCCCCAAGUCAUGAUCAAGUGAAGUCAAGCAAGGUUGCUCAACUCAAAUAUCGAUUCCAAUCUGUAAAAAAGCUGGCCCUUGAUUCAGUUUCUAAGCACAAGUUGGGUGGUAAAGUUCAGUCACCAGUUCAUCCAAGCAUUGGGAAGAAGUUCAACUCUGAAUCAACCCUGAUUUCUGCUGCAAAUAGGUCUUCAUCUCCUUACAGACACACUCGCUGUAUGUCACCAUUUUGCAGUACAGGUAACAGUUCUCCUUUUCACCCUGCGGGUUUCCCUGAGACUCGUAAGGAAACGGAGAACCUGAGAGCUAACAGGUUGAGCAAGCAUACUAGAAACAUAAGCAGGACAUCUCAGGAGUUACUCUACCCAAAAAGCAAUGGUUCAACUAGCUCUCGCUUGGAGAAGACAGUAUAUGUCGACACCGAGAAUUUUCCAAUGAGCACUGAUCAGCAUAACUCAAACGUCAUCGUCUUUCCAGAGGAAGCAGACAUGGCAAGGAAACCAGAUGCCAAUCCUGACCUUGAAGCUUUUGAAAAUAUAAGUAUUAGAAGUGGUGAAAUGGUGAAGGGAAAUGAGUUAGUAGAGAUAAGUAGUGGUCUUGAUCAGUCUCUUCUUGCACCACCGUCGCCCAAAAGGCCUUCUGAAUCUUGGCUUUGUCAUAAUCUGCCUUCAGUAACUUCGCAGAUCCCUUCACGUAGAUAUCAUCCACUCAACCCCCAAAAGCAGGAUCUUACAGAAAACUACAGAAAUGUUACCAAGUGGGAAACUAUUGUUAAGACUUCCUACAUGCACAGAGAUCAUAUCCGAUAUUCCGAAGAACUGGUUGCUCAUACGUCUCAUCAGUCCAAAACUUGAGAGCUUGAAGCUUCUCGAGUUCUGACUUCCCCGGGAUCAUCAGGUUUAUACAUAUGUUUCAGCUCGAUUAGCAGUAGUCCGAUAUAGUCAUUUCAUUCACCGGUGUGACUGUUUUAUGAACCUUAUAAAAUCUAUACCCACAA